AUGCCAGCAGCCUUCAGAGGCUGGACCCAUCAUCUAUUCACUCUACCACGCGCUCGACCGUCUCGAGACAAGAAGUGUUCUGAUGAUCGGCCACUCGCCCCAGUCAUCCAGGAGUUCCAGCAACUCAUAGAGGAUGAUCCAGAACUCUUCAUGUACUUCCACACGAUGUUUGAUGAAGUGCGCCGACCAAACGGUGACAUAGGUUAUGUAAGUUGGCGAUUACAAGGAGUUAAUGAAAGGCGCUCGACCGCAUUAUCACUCAGGCACCCAGAUUCGGUGGUGUCAAUAACCUUGUCACGGGUGUUCCCUAUGUACGCCGUGCUCGCUCCGUUUUGCAACACCCCAUCUGGUUACAGUAUCUUCACCAAUCCGAAAGUGAACGCCCAACUCCACAAGAUUUUCGACGUCUGGGCUGCAUUUCUCGUCUCCCCCGAGUCGCGUUAUGUUCUUACUACGAACGAGAAAUGCUGGUUUAGCCCCGUAGCCAUAGACGUCAUGUCUCAAAGACUUGGGACGAGCUUCUAUGAUGCAUGGGUUUGCAGAGACAGCGACCCCGACAAACACUACGGCUUCACGUCCUGGGACGAUUUUUUUACCAGGCGUUUCCGGCCUCACCUCCGCGAAGUCAUCGAUCCUGAUAAUCCGGAUUUAAUUACUGCGCCUUGCGAGGCAUACUUUCACACAAUCCGGUCUAACGUCCGCGCUGUGGACAAGUUUUGGAUCAAGGGGAAUUCGUAUUCGCUCUCCCACGUGUUUAACCACGACCCCUUUACACCCCUGUUCGUAGGCGGCACGGUUUAUCAGGGAAUUUUAAGCUCUCUCGAUUAUCACCGUUGGCACAGUCCCGUGGAUGGAGUGGUUCGAAAAACUCGCCUCAUCCCGGGCACGUAUUACGCCGCACGUUUGGACAAUAACCGUGAUCCAGACAUCGUCUCUCGCUCCCAAGACUUCGUGACAGCCAUUGCUGCCCGUGCAUUGAUCUUUAUUGAAUCGGACAAUCCAAUGAUUGGUCUGAUGUGCUUCGUCGCAGUUGGGCUUGGGGAGGUAUCGACGUGCGAGAUUACGGUGAAGGAGGGGGACAGACUGAAGAAGGGGGAUGAGCUUGGGUCAUUCCAUUUUGGUGGCUCCACCCACUGUCUCGUCUUUCGUCCACAGGUGUCUUUGAAACCGUUUCCCUCAUGUCCAGCUGGGGACACUGCAGAACGUCAAUAGCAAUAUUUUCUAUAUUGAGAACGGAA